AUGAAGAGAGCUCUCUCCAGUCUCUGCUCCCCCCGCCUUUUCACUUCGCUUUUACAACCGUUUUCUCGCAUUCGUCUCUGUCUGGCUCUGUCUCUGUCUGUCUCUCUCCCUUCAUUUCAAUGCCCACAGCUCGGAGGAUUCCUAACUAAAUGAUUCUGGCUAACCAAACACCAGACUUGAACGUGCGUCCUAGAGUCUGAUGAUCACUCACAACAGAAUUUCUGGUUUCUUGAGAGAGAAAGCAGACAGAGAAAAAGAGGUGGUGUGAAUUGACGGUAUUGGAAUGGAGACUAACUAUGGAACGCUUGUUUCGCUCCUUUCUUGUCUGUGCGUUGCGUCGGUGGUUGUGGUUUGCAUAGUUUCGGGCCAUUAUAGUCAGUCCAUAAAGUUUUCAGGUGCCGAACCAGGAGAUUCAGUGGCCACGAUCGAGUUGCAGACCAAGGUCACUGCCUCUCAUGAGGUCCGAGCUGUUUUCUCCUCUCAACCUCCUGCUUUUUACGUCAAUCGACUCAGAAACCAUACUCUCAUUAGAAAAAUCAAGAAACGGACAAGAUAUCAAGGGCAGGAAGAAGGACUCGCUCGAGCGCGUGCUUCAAUUCGCAAGGCGUUCUCGAAUCUAAACCGAUCGUCGGAGAUCGGCGGAGAAGAUAAUAAUGAGGUCCCCACCGGUGACGUGUAUCGUAACGCCGGCGCAUUUUAUCAGAGCUACGUGGAGAUGGAGAAAAGGUUGAAGGUGUACGUGUAUGAAGAAGGGGAGGUGCCCAUGAUCCACGAUGGACCGUGUAAGGACAUAUAUACGAUAGAAGGAAGGUUCAUACACGAGAUCGAGCAUGGAGAUGGGAAGUUCAGAACCAGAGAUGCUGAGCGUGCUCACGUUUAUUUCAUGCCCUUCAGUGUUACGUGGAUGGUGAAGUACCUCUACAAGCCUCUCACCUACAACCUCACUCCCCUUCGACAAUUCGUGUCUGAUUACGUGAGCGUCAUCUCUACCAAGUACCCCUUUUGGAAUACAACCCAAGGGGCUGAUCACUUCAUGCUUGCCUGUCAUGAUUGGGGUCCUCACGCAUCACGGGGCCACCCAGUUCUAUACAACACAUCAAUCCGGGUGUUAUGCAAUGCCAACACCUCCGAAGGGUUCAACCCCCAAAAGGACGUGAGCUUGCCCGAAAUCCACCUCUACGGUGGCAACGUAAACCCCAAGCUCCUCUCCCCUCCACCCCCCAACAGCCCACGUCCAUUUUUGGCAUUCUUUGCUGGUGGGCUUCACGGCCCAAUUAGGCCCAUCCUCAUCCAACACUGGAUGGGCCGUGACACUGACCUCCGCGUCUAUGAAUACCUCCCCAAGGACAUGGACUACUACUCGCUCAUGCUCCAAUCCAAGUACUGCUUGUGCCCCAGCGGCCACGAGGUGGCCAGCCCCAGAAUAGUCGAGGCCAUUUACUCCGAGUGUGUUCCUGUGAUACUCUCCGAUCACUAUGUUUUGCCAUUCAGCGAUGUGUUGAGAUGGGAAGCAUUCUCUGUUAAGGUGGAGGCAUCGGAGAUCCCGAGGUUAAAGGAGGUGCUGCAAGCAAUAUCUGAGGAAAAGUAUACGAGGCUCAAGGAGGGUGUGAGAGCUGUUAGGAGACAUUUUGAGCUGAACCAGCCUGCCAAGAGAUUUGAUGUGUUUCACAUGAUUCUACAUUCUGUUUGGCUGAGGAGAAUAAACCUAAAACUUGGUUAGAAAAGAAUUUGAUAUUUGUCAGUGAAGCUGUAUCAUUUUACAUGUCCAUCAAAAGAGAGAAAAAGCAUCAGUCCAUUUUUU